GGUACUCUUCGGCAGAAGUUUGCUACACGCACGCAGAUGUCAGCAGAGUUUCUCAAUCUGUCACUUUGCGAGGUGGAGUGCGUUUGAUGGAGGAAGGAAAAAAUCGGACACGGCAGCUAUGGCUUUCUGACAACCCCUGUGAACCGGCCUCAACCGACAGCGUGUCGUUGUCACCUCUCAACCGCUUCUUACCUGUUAGCCAUUUGUUUUUCGUGUUUUGACAACUGUGUAGCAACACCCGUGCGCCCAUGUCAGAAGUUACCAUGCUAACAGCCGCUAGCCGCUGCUACUUGACGUAGCUAUGUUUUCUCUGCCAGCCUAAAAAGCGGUAUUUUCUAUGAUUGUAACGUCUUGGUUUAAUUAGUCUUUUUUUAAGCUACAAAGCGAGCGUCAUUUUUGACCCCCAAGUUUUUUUUUUCUUUCCCCCGUUCUGUAAAAGCGAAGCUAUCAAUCUUGUCACAGAAAUGGGACUACACCCGCUGGAAUUCAGUGAAUGCUAUCUGGACAGCCCCUGCUUCAGGGAGAAAAUCAAGGCACACGAAGCAGAGCUGGACAAAACUAACAGGUUUAUCAAAGAACUGUACAAAGAUGGGAAGAACCUCAUCAAUGCCACAAAGCAGCUCGGUAUGGCACAGCGAAAGUUUGCGCAUUUGCUGGGAGAGUUUCAGUUUGAGUACAUCGGAGACGCGAAGACCGAUGAUGAGAAAUGUAUUGAUGAGUCUUUGCAAGAGUUCUCCUCAUUCCUCAGGAACCUAGAAGACCAAAGAGAGCUGAUGAUGAGAAACAUCACUGAAACCUUAAUGAAACCCCUGGAAAAGUUUAGGAAAGAUCAUCUUGGUACAGUGAGGGCGGAAAGAAAGAAGUAUGAGAAAGAAACGGAGAAGUACUACAGCUCCCUGGAAAAGCUUCUGAAUAUGUCAGCAAAGAAGAAAGAGCCACAACUACAAGAGGCAGACAUUCAGGUGGAAACCAUGAGGCAGCACUUUCAGGAGGAGUCACUGGACUAUGUGUGCAAACUGCAGGAGAUCCAAGAGAGAAAGAAGUUUGAGUGUGUGGAGCCGAUGCUGGCCUUCUUUCAGACAGUCUUCACCUUUUAUCACCAGGGCUUUGAGCUCGCCAAGGACUUUGACCAUUAUAAAAGAGCCCUGCAAAUCAAUAUUCAGAAUACGAGGAGUCGAUUUGAGGGUGCGCGGUCAGAGGUGUACGAGCUGAUGAAGAGGAUCAGGGAGACACCUCAAGAGUACAGACAGACCAGCCCUAUCAGCUGUGAAGGCUACCUCUAUGUACAGGAAAAACGGCCACCUCCCUUUGGCUCAAGUUGGGUCAAACGCUACUGUACAUUUGUCAAAGAGCAGAAGAUCCUACACAUGGUGACCUUCGACCACAGAUCUGGCGGGAAGAUUGGUGAGACGGAGUCAGUCAUGCUCAAAUCCUGCCUCCGCAAAACGACAGACAUGUUGGACAGGAGGUUCUGCUUAGACCUCGACAUUACAGAUCGGCCAGGGACGGUGCUAACAGUGCAGGCUCUGUCAGAGGAUGACCACAAGUUCUGGAUGCAGGCCAUGGGUGGGAAGGAACCUAUUGGACACUAUCUUGGGAGGACUUAUUCUAAAGAAAGAGGAAUUGACGCCCAGCUGGAUGAUGUUGGUAUGAGUUUUGUGAAGAACUCCAUCAGCGCCAUAGAGACAAGAGGUAUUAAUGACCAAGGCCUGUACAGAGUUGUGGGAGUAAGCUCCAAGGUCCAGAAGCUCCUCUCAUUAAUGAUUGAUGAGAAGAGCAGCGAAGUGGAUCUGUCUACCAGCGAGGACUGGGACGUUAAGACAAUAACAAGUGCACUGAAGCUUUAUCUGAGGAGCCUUCCUGAGCCGCUGAUGACCUACGGACUUUACAAAGAGUUUAUUAGCCCUGCGAAGGGCGGUAGUCCAGAGACUCGCAUCCAAGCCGUCCACUGCCUGGUCCACAAACUACCGGAGAGGAAUCGACAAGUCCUCGGGCUGCUUAUGAAGCAUCUGGCCAAUGUGGCAGCUCACAGUAAGCAGAAUCUGAUGACCGUGGCUAACCUGGGUGUGGUGUUUGGCCCCACGUUAAUGAGGCCGCAGGAGGAGACCGUCGCCGCCAUCAUGGAUCUGAAGUUCCAGAACAUUGUGGUGGAGAUCCUCAUUGAACACCAUGAAAAGAUCUUUGCAGAUGCUCCCGAGUCAUGCCCUCUUUCACCUGCUGCCCCAGUAUUCUCCGCUCCCACAAGGCAGUCCAAGAAGCUGAGUCGACAGAACCGACCCCUGGCUGUCUACAAUCCACAAGCCUUAGACAUUCAGAAUGUUUCAGCAGUGGGAGAUAGCUCCUGCUUAACCACAGAUGAGACAUCAAUGGGCAGCAAUGAGUCGAUGUCUUCCCAGUCGUCGUCAGCCUCGGCCUCAGAGAUGCCCACAGAGAGGAGUGACCAUGCUCCACUCAGCACCAGCCUCAGUUCAGGCAGCAACUCUAAGGCCCCCACAGCAGGAACCUCCUGGCCCACUCCUGGAGCAGCAGGAGAGAACCCAUCUGCUGCCACCACAGCUGCUUCUGAAAAAGAAAAGCCAGAAGAGAAUGUCACCAGCAGGAAAGCCAAGGCAGUGUACCCAUGUGAGGCUGAGCACGACUCUGAGCUCUCCUUCCAGGUCGGCGCAAUAUUCAACGCCGUGAUCCAGUCGAGAGAGCCGGGCUGGCUGGAGGGCGAGCUGGAGGGAAAGAGGGGCCUCAUCCCUGAAAACUACGUGGAGAUGCUGUAGCCCCCAAAUGGAAAUAUUUAUGGACAAGUUAUCAGCUCCAACCGGGAGAAAUCUUCAGAGAUGCAUGUGCCUCAACUCUGACAAUCACAGCAAAGCCUUGUUUAUCCAAAUCCCUGAAUUCUCCCCAAGCAAGUGAUGAUAUGUUAUUACUGGUGGACUAUUCUUGAUAGUAUAUGCAUUUUUUAAAAUUUUGGCUGGCAAGUAGGCUUUUGUGAUGCAUGUGCAAGCGUGUUUUUCCUAGUUUUGAAUUCACUUUGGUCGAGAAUCCACAUGAACUUCAGCGUUGCACUUAAAAUAUUCUGCUGUACGCAAAGAUGCUGUAGCCUCCAAACAUCCAGGUAACUUUGUGCGCGGCGCCGGAGAGUGGGCGUCUCUGUUAAAGGCUUCACUCUCUCCACCAAUUAUACAUGGUAUCCAUGAAGCUCCCAAGUCAAAGAAUGAUCCUCAGAAACUCUAAGGAACAAGGAACUAAAACCGCUGUUUCUUUCUUUUCUUUUUUUUUUUUAAAGAUAUUUUGCACCAAAUGCAGCAGCUUUAGAGCCUCUUCAGACCCUCUUGACGACGUUCGUUUUCAGCUUUUAAAAGAUUAUAAAUGCUGUACCUGCCGUGCCUUAACCAUCGGAAAACACCCAGUGUAGACGUAUGUACGAGUACGUAUGACAGUGAAUUAGAGUGUUACUGCUUUAGCCCUUUAAAAAAAUGUUUAACUCUUCUGUCAUUUGUAAGAAUAUUUGGAUAUUCAAAAAAAUGAGGCACAUCACUAUUGUAAUCGUAUUUUAUUUGAUUGGCACAUUGAUUGCAUGACUUUUUGACUUUUAAACACACUUUGUACUGUUUUUGUUCUUGGUGCACUCCUUCACAGAAACACAAUGAAACGCCUCUUUGAUGCCUAAUGGACCUCGCGUGUUAAACACUAGCAUCAGACUGAGUCAGCAGAGGUACAUUUACAUAGGUAAUUGUGAAAACCAAGUGGUUUUUUUUUUUCGUGUUCUGUCAGAUGAUUUGUUUUGUUUGUUUUUAAAGCUUAUUUUUUGAACGUUGCUCGGUUUCCUCUGAGCAGAGAAAUGAGACACUCCCACAGAGUUGAAACGUUUUAGUUUAUUAUUUUAUUUUCAACUUCAGUGGAACAAGUGAUUUGAAAUCAAAGUUUUUAAGACCACAGAGUGCAGUAUUUGAGAGUUUUACAUCCGUUCAGUGUAUAUAGCCUAAUUACUCUAAGAGUUAUGACUGCCAAGUAUGUUUAACCGUUCAGUGACAUACAGGUUUUUUAGUUUUCCAUUCGGUUUGGUUUUUAGCAUGUUCACUUGUCCUAUUACAAUUCAUCCCUCAGCUGUUCAACUAGACACUUUAAUUUGUCUGAGAGCUUUGGUUCAGCAGACUGUGUUUUCAAUUGCAAUAAUUUAAAACAUUGAUUUAUGAUGUUUGUAAAGGGCCUUGACUUCUUCUUUUUAUACCUUUGGGUAGCCUCUUGAUCAAUGUUAAACAAAUAAAGAUUGUUUUGUUCAUUACUGUCAUAUGUAUUCUUGCCAUUAAAUAAAUGUGAUAAAUGAUCAUUUCAAAUUUAA